AAAUGUCUUAGCUCAUUCGUACUCCCAACAUGUACUGCGGCUGGGAUGACAGACGCUUGUGAUGCCGAAAAACAAGUCCUUUCCACCUGAAAACCGUCCAACAAGAAUGACUAUGACGGCUACAUCGCUGCUGCCACUGCUGGCAGUCCUGCUGCUUGCUGUGACGGCAGCGACUGGUGAUGUGUCUUUUCCGCCCGCCUUGGUGAAGCAGCCAGCGCGCGAGCAGUUCUUUCGUGUGCCCCACUCCGCGGACGACCCGGAGACACCCUUCUUGCUGGAGUGUGAGGCCACGGGAGAUCCCGAGCCCACUUUUCAAUGGACCAAAAACGGCAAGAAGUUCGACUACGCUUCUCACGGGGACCGCAUCACACAAAUGCGCCGCCGUGGCACGCUCGUCUUCACCGCCCCCGAGGGCGCGGACGAAGGGCUGUACCAGUGCCACGCCACCAACCGACUCGGCACGGCAGUGUCCGACCCCGUCUCAUUGCGUAAGGCCGAGCUCGGGAAGUUCCCCGAAGACUCACCGAAACGAGUGAGCGUCCGGGAGGGUGACCCGCUGUCCCUCGCCUGCGACCCUCCAUCGGGAUACCCGCGGCCGCAUGUUUCUUGGGUAAUCCUGCACGUGAACGGUGCCAUCCGGGCUCUCAAUUCCUCGCGCAUGACCGUAGACCCCGAGGGUGCUUUGCAUUUCUCGCACGUCGAGACGGAAGACGCUAUUCCCGAUGCCGUCUACGCCUGCCUCGCGUCGUCGUGGUUUCUGCACGAGUACAAGCUCGGCAACAAGAUCCUGCUGAGCGUGGAGCCCAGACCAGGGACUGAACAAGUACAGACGUCGCCCACCAAGCAGUACGUGUCACCCACAGAAAUUCUAGCACUGCGGGGCCAUCGGCUCGAACUUUACUGCAUACACGGAGGUGCACCGGAACCGCAGGUCUUGUGGAAGAAGCGGGGAGGGGAUCUGUCGCCUCAACGCGUCUCCUAUUCCAACAGCGGCAGGACGCUGAAACUUCACUCGAUAAGCUUCGAGGAUGAAGACAUUUACGAGUGCGAGGCCAGUAACGGUGUAGGCGAGGUACAGACGCACGCCAUGCACGUGAAGGUGGAGGCGGAGCCCACCUGGCUUCAAGUGCCGAACGACACCAUCGUAGCUCAAGGAGAGAGCGUCACCUUCAAUUGUUCUUCCUCAGGCGUGCCGGAGCCCGAGCUGCGAUGGUUUAUGAACGGUGUGCCCAUCGAGAUGCUGGAGGACAACAGCAACAUCAGGCUGGGCAACGACAGAUUUGCGCUCAUUAUCGAGCACCUUCGAAUGCGUGACACAGCCGUCUACCAGUGUAACGCCUCCAAUAUUCAUGGAUACGCCUUUCGUAACUUCUUCCUAAAUGUUGUCGAGUCUAUUCCGCUCAUCAUGGAACCGCCCGAACCGUUGACAGUCGGUGUGGAGAUGUCGAAGGUGACGCUGCGGUGUCGCGUUUUAGAAUCUGUGCGGCCCGCACUGAAGUGGACGAAAGGAUCGCAGGAACUGACCGGAGGCCGUUACCGCAUCCUCGACUCUGGAGACCUGCAGAUUGAUAGCCUCACGUUCGCGGAUCAGGGUGAAUACAUGUGCUCUGUCAGCGACAAAUCUCGUGCUCAUGUGCAGAUCCUCUCUGGAAGACUGGAGGUCAAGCGCAGGACGCGCAUUACCCAGCCACCACAGGACUACGAGGUGGCAUCUGGCAAAGCCGCGACCUUCCACUGCAAUGCCCACGCGGAUCCAAGUUUGGACCUACGCAUCGAAUGGUUGUUCAAUGACCAGCCCCUAGACCUCGACGCUGAACCACGAUUGGUUCGAUCGAAUGACAAUUCGCUGACCAUCACGCGCUCCGCCGAGCUCGACUCUGGCACGUACACCUGUGUGGCUCGCACUGAACUCGAUAGCGAUCGCGCAACGGCUACACUGAUCGUCCAGGAUGUGCCGGGUCCACCGCGACUGUUGCAAGUCGAGUGCCGUAAUCGCGAGGUUCUUCUGCAGUGGCUGCCCACCGGUGACGGCCGGGCGCCCAUACUGUCCUAUUCCAUUCAGUAUAACACCUCCUUCAGUCCUGACGCAUGGGAAGAUGCCUUUGCGAACGUGCCUGCCUCCGAAACGAAGUUCAUGUUGUCCUUGAGUCCGUGGGCAAACUACUCCUUCCGUGUGGUGGCUCGCAACAAGAUCGGGUUAUCGCUACCCUCAGAAACGUCUGAGACAUGCACGACUCCCGAGGACGUACCGUACAAGAACCCCGACCAUGUCACGGGACGCGGAGAACGCCCCGACAACCUGGUCGUUACCUGGACACCCAUGCCCCCCAUAGAGCACAAUGCACCGGGCUUCUUCUACAAGGUACUUUGGAAGCGCGACGACAUCGCCAGUGCCACGUGGAACUCACACGUUAUCGAGGACUGGAAGCAGAACCGGCACGUCGUGUCCGGUCAGCCUACGUACACGCCGUAUCGUAUCAAGGUUGAGGCGUACAACCGGCUGGGUCAAGCACACACAGCUGCCAUGGAAGUCGUGGGAUACUCGGGCGAGGACGUGCCUCUGGUUGCACCGAAGGAAUUCUGGCUUAAAGAAAUUCGCGAUGGCCGCACCGCCGUGUUUGCAUGGAGCCCCGUGAGCCCGGAGUCUGUGCGUGGUCAUUUCCGCGGCUACAAAAUCCAAACGUGGACGAUCGACGAAGGGAAGGAUAAACUGCGGGAGAUGGAAGUGCCGGCCAACGUGAACACGGCCGUGGUACGCCUGUUCCGUCCCUUCUCGCGCAACCUAGCCCACGUACUGGCGUACAACGGUAUGUACAACGGGCCGCCAUCAGACACACUCAACUUCUUAACACCGGAAGACGUCCCGGGGCCAGUAGCCUCGUUCGAAGGCAGGCCAUUAGGAUCAAGAGCCGUGUAUCUCUUGUGGAAGCCUCCCUCGGAGCCAAACGGCUUGAUCAAGGGCUACCACAUCUACUACGAAGAGGUGCGCGGUAACAUGCUGGGACCCAUGACCGAGCGGCGCCCGCGUGUGACCGACCCGCAAAAGUUGCACGCCAAGCUCACGGGUCUCAAUCCACGCACAAAGUACCGCAUCACCAUUCGUGCGGAAACUUACGCAGGAGAGGGAAGCCCGUACUUCUUUGAGCUGGAAACGCCGGACGAGUCUGAUAAUCUCCCCGACGCAGCCGACUUCACGUGGACCUACCUGCCAGGCGACGACGGAAGCGCAAAUGUGCGGGUGACAUGGUUGCCGGCCAUGACCAAACACCUUGGCAGAGACUUCUACGUCCAGUACCGCCGCAAGGGUGAGAAGACUUGGGAGAACACCGAUGUUGAGGAGUAUGAGGACGCCAUACUGCUCGAGGGCCUGCACAAGAACGCCUUCUACGAAGUGCGCAUUGUUGUCGUCGAUGGAAAGUACCGCAAGUACUCGCAGAUAGAAGAGGUGUGGACAGGAACUCUCGAUGUCCCCAAUCCCCCGGAGAUACAGCACGUGGAAUGCGAAGCUUCCAUGGCGCUCCUAAAGUGGACACCCCGAGGCGACAACCAGGCAUCCAUCCUGUCGUACUCAGUACAGUACAGAACUUCCUUCAACAAUACUCUGAGUUCCUGGGAAGACGCCGCUCCGGAUAUCCCCGUUUCGAACACCAGUUUUCGACUGCCACUAAGUCCUUGGGCCAACUACACUUUCAGGGUGCUGGCACGAAACAAGGUGGGACCCUCUGCGCCCUCUGAACCAUCCUCGACAACGUGUGUGACGCCUGAGAGCGUGCCGUUCAAAAACCCCGAUUCUGUGACGGGCCGAUGGAACAUUUACGACGAUCUCGUCAUAUCUUGGAUGCCCAUGGCACCAAUCGAUCACAACGCGCCGGGAUUCUUCUACAGGGUGUCCUGGAAGCGGCACGACCCUCCAGAUGCCGCCUGGAGCUCGCAUGACGUCGAGGACUGGACGCAGGAAAGGCUCGUCCUACGAGGCCAGUCCAGGACUACCGCUUAUAGCGUACGGGUCGAAGCACACAACCGCCUUGGUCAGGCGAACGUCUUGCCCGUAGAAAUUGUGGUACCGACGACUGACAAGGCGAAGCUCGCGGACAUGAUGGGCGCGGUUCUUGCGUACUUUCAAAAGGUGUUCUGAAGCACACCGUGACACUAGAGUGCUUAUCUGGGCCGGUUGGCACGUCUCCACAGAAAACGAGAAAACAGCGUCAGCCACAGGACAACAGGACAGAGACGUGCUAAGCGCUGACCUACAUUCAAAGCUUUAUUGCGCACAAGACCAGCGAGCACGAGAAAUAUAUGAGGCAUAUUGCAUCGGCAAAAAAAGAAGGUCAUACGUCAGUGUGAGUGAGCGUGCCUUCGAUGGCGCUCCUCACCAAGGAGCUGGAAUUUAUUUCACGUGAAUGACGGCUUUUUCAUUUUUGAGUUCACUGCAUGGAUUUGUUAACGCAUACACCUUGUUGUCAGGUCUAUCGACAUAAAACUGUUGUCCUCUCCCUCGCAUCCUUUCAUGAUCAGUGUGCGUAUAUAUACUGCCUUGUGCACAAUAAAACUUUGGUUUAAGUCAGCGCUUAGUUCGUCUCUGUCCAGUUGUCCUGUGGUUCGCGCUGUUUCUAGUUCUCUAUGGACAUUGUGACAACGUGCUUCGUUUUCUUGACUAUAGUGUCAUACAUGCGUGCAUCCUUACUGCAUCCAUCAAGAACAUUAUUUUGAGUGAUGAAUCUCGCCGCAUCCACGCAUUCGCACGUUCAUUUUAUUUGGACAUCAUUUAUUUACUAAAGGGUACAAGAGAAAAAAGAUGCAUGGAUAAUAUCGUUAUGGUUUGCAUCAGGGUCGCAAUUCCUCUCAAGUGUUCGAAAAUUUGCGAGAAAAUGAGCGGCUGCCCGGAAGAGCAGCGCAUUACAAGGAAUAAAAUCUUGUUUAUGUAUUUACUAUAUAUAUUAUGCACAUAUAUAUAAGUGAUUUC